AUGCAGAUAUAAAUGUAACAAGAUAUCUUUCCCUUAAACUUCUUUGUCAGUUUUCAAAUAAUUCGCUCAUAAAAUGGCGGGCAGAAGAAGUUCACCGAUUGGUGAACAUUUUUCUGAUUAAGCUUAAGUUUGACGAUUUUCGAAAUAAGAUUAAAUGGAAAGAAAAAACUGAAGAUCAUGGUGAUCAAAUUGAAAAUGAUUUCUAAUUUAAGAAGUGUUCACAUACACGUGGAGAUUUAUUGAAGAAGCCUUCGAAAGGAAGAAAGUGUAUUAAAAUUAAAAGUAAUAUAAACACAAUACGGAUAUUUAAUAUACAAUAAUGUCCAUAUAAAUGUUUCUCAUACAAAUUAUUAAAUACGAUAAUUUUAUAAAACAUGGAAUUGAUUACAAUAGAAUUAAGACCCCGUCUUCGAUCUUGUACAGUUUUUCUAUUUAUGCAAAGAUCUAUAAGCUUAGAUAAAGUACAAAUUAAACUCUUGGAAGCAAGUAUCGUGUUGUUAAUAGGGGAAAAUGUAACAUCUAUCAUAUUACCAAAUAUAAAAAUUGUACCAACGUCAUUGUCUUCCUUGAGUGUAGUAGAUAGAUGGGUGUGUUUUCGUUUACAUACACAGCCAUCAGAUUCAGAAUUUGGAUCAUUUCAAAGAGAAGUUAUCACAGAUUCAAAAGCACAAUUUAAUAUCUUAAAAAGUAAGAGAAAGAUAAUUAAAAAUUCUAAAUGUACAAUAAUGUGUAUGUGUUGUAAGAAUGUAUUUUGUCAUGAGCUUUAUUUUCAAAGAGUUUUACCAUUUCCUAAUAUUGACUUUGACCCAUCUGAAUGGUUCUGUAGCAAAAAUGAUAUAGAUUUCGCAUCAUUAUUACAUCCAAAUAAAUUAGAUCUUUUUUAUGGCCCAUAUUUUUCAAUAAUAAAUAGCAAUAUUUUUUACAAUUACAAAAAAAACAAAAAAGACAUUCUAUGUAACAGAUGUUUGUUAAAUGUAGGACUUGAGGAUAAAGGUAAUUCGUUUAAGAUUUGGGAUUGUUGCAUUGAUUAUAAAUUGGAGACAGAUGAAAUAAUUAUUGAAGAAGCAUCUAAUCCUCUUCAUGAUUUUAUAACAAUUAUUAAAAGUUUCAUUAGUAAUAAUACAUUUGGUGAAAUUAUUCUAGAAUGUUUAUUAGCUAAACAAUCGCAUUAUAUAGUAAUUAAACCAAUGGAUAUGCGGUUAGGUAUACUUACAGAAGGAAAUGUAAAAUGCAACAAUGACAAGAUUAAUCUAAAAGAAACUUUUGUUAUUAAAGUAUUGUACAAAUAUGGAACAGACAAAAUGAUUUUACCUAAAGAUUGUAUCAAUGCAAAAAAUUAUGAAGUAAGUUUAUCUAUAAUUGAAGCUGGAUUUAAUUACUUAUUAUUAUCAACAAAACGAUUUCCAAAAGAUUAUAAAACCAUUGAGGAUUAUUAUAUUGGUUAUAUAAAUAUAGAAUAAACUAAU